UAUGAAUAGUCUGAGCAGGGAGAGGAGCCUCGAAUCGCACAAGGGAGGUAGAAAGAGAUAAGAACACUUGUUGUUUGUUGAUCUGCGCAAUGACCCAAAGUAAUUGCUUGCCAGAUUAAGCUUGCUUUUCUGUUUGCAGUGAUAAUGCAACCGGAGAUGGGGCAGCAGCUUGCACUUGUGCUAUGCCUAUUGAUCGCUUGUGUGGAUUCGCAAUACAUAAGCGGGCCGGAGUCAUGUCAGUUACAGCACAAGGGAAAUAACACCAAAUUUCCGAAGGAAUUUGCCUUCGGUGUGGCAACUGCCGCUUAUCAGAUCGAAGGCGCUUGGAAUGCAGAUGGAAAGGGACCCUCCAUUUGGGACACCUACACACAUAUACAUCCAGAUAGGAUAGCUGACCAUUCAAAUGGCGAUAAUGCUGCAGAGUCUUAUUAUCGUUUCGCACAAGAUUUGGUCGCCUUGAAGGAGUUGAAGGUUGACUUCUAUCGUUUUUCUAUUUCGUGGUCAAGAGUACUUCCAAGAGCAGAUACUACGGUGCAGAACCAAAAGGCCAUUGCCUACUAUAACAUGGUAAUUAACGAGCUAUUGAAGAACAAUAUAGAGCCUAUGGUGACGAUGUAUCACUAUGAUAUGCCGGACGAGCUGACUAAAUUCGGCGGUUUCACCAAUGAAAUAAUGAUUAAGUACUUCCGCUACUAUGCGGACUUCCUAUUUAAGACUUUUGGGGAUCGCGUUAAAAAGUGGAUAACAUUUAAUGAACCGUUCGACUAUUGUAUGCAAGGCUAUGGAAAUGCAGAGUCUCCCCCAAUCGUUCACGCACCAGGUGUGGCAGACUAUUUAUGUAUGGAUAACACGCUUAGGGCACAUGCCAUGGCCUAUCGUCUGUACAAGGCAAAGUAUGCCAGCUCUCAAGGCGGCAAAGUGGGGAUCACUAUUAGCAGUCGCUUUUAUUAUACGUCCACCAAAUAUUUUGGUUCCGACGAAGUUGUGGAUCGAGCAAUGCAAUAUGCGCUUGGUUGGCUCGCUCAUCCCAUUUAUGGUGCAUCUGGCAAUUAUCCCUAUACAAUUAUUGAGGAUAUAUUGAGCAAUAGUGUGAAAGAAGGACUUGCAUGGACUCGCUUACGUCCUUUCAACAAGUAUUGGACGGAAAUCUUAAAAGGUUCUGGGGACUUUUUGGGACUAAAUUACUACACCUCUCGUUUUGUAAAGAUGUCUUAUCCUGCCGAAGGAGAAAUUCCUUCUUGGGAACAUGACUCAGGCCUUAAAUACUUGAUAGAUAAAAACUGGAAACGAGCAAAAUCCAAAUGGCUUUAUUGUGUACCCCAAGGUUUGGAGGAUAUUUUGAAAUGGAUUCGUGAUAAUUACAACAAUGUUGAAGUCUACAUCACAGAAAACGGUUGGUCAGAUGACGGCGCAUUAAACGACACAGACCGCGUUACAUAUCUCAAGUCACAUUUGCAAGCAGUCCUUAAUGCAAUCAACGAUGGGUGUAACGUCACACACUACUCCCAUUGGAGUUUAAUCGAUAAUUUUGAGUGGAAUAUGGGCUUUACUGAAAAGUUCGGUCUCUAUUACUUGAACAUGACAAGCGAAAAUAAAGAGCGUGUUGCCAAAAACUCGGCACAUUAUUACAGGAGUGUCAUUGAAAGUCGAAAAAUACCGUCAAGUGACAAAUUUGUGUGAAAACCUGGUGUCGGUUAAAUAAUAAACUAACAAAUGUAUGCAUAUUUGUCGGUACGUAUGUAUAUAAAUAUGUACAUACAUUUCUGCUGGCAAACAUGCACAACUGAAAUUGGUAUAUUGAGGACGAUGUUGGCUUUGUGAUUCUAUUAUAACAAUCUAUUGUACAUACACACCCACAUAAAUACACUUUUAAAUUCGUGCAACAAAUAAAGUUCAAUUUGCCUUCACAUUUAAA